GCCCGCGGUAGCUCUUGAUGAUCAAUUGCCCUUUAUUUUUCUGCUUUUAGGAUCUUCUGAACCCCUCCCCGACCAGUCUCCUGUCCACUCCUUUUUCCUUUCCUCUCUCUCUCUGCAAUUCCCUAUUCGAACCGCCUUCGACAAUGGCGGCCAAAUCCAAAGACACCUUGGCGGUUACGCCGCCGCCAAAAUCAUCCUCACGCUCUCCCAGCCGCUCUCCCGGUCCCAAGAGCCGCAAGAAGGCCGUCGCGGCCUCCUCGAGCUAUGCCUCAGAUGGCGUUACGGACAACAAUAUCUUUCAUCUUCCCGCCUCCGACUACAGAACUCUGGCUCUGGUAACCAUUGUUGCGGCAGUGGUCCGGUUGUUUAGGAUCUACCAGCCUUCUAGCGUUGUCUUCGACGAAGUCCACUUCGGAGGUUUUGCGACAAAGUACAUUAAGGGCCGCUUCUUCAUGGAUGUUCAUCCUCCUCUUGCCAAGUUGCUCAUCACACUUGCUGGCUGGCUGGCGGGCUUUGAUGGCGAAUUCGAUUUCAAGGACAUUGGAAAGGAUUACCUCGAACCGGGUGUACCAUAUGUUGCCAUGCGCAUGCUUCCGGCGAUUUUGGGUGUUCUCACAAUCCCAUUGAUGUUCCUAACAUUGAGGGCAUCGGGAUGCCGCACUAUCACCGCGGUGCUAGGUGCCGGUGUCGUCAUCUUUGAGAACGGUCUCAUUACUCAGUCUCGUCUCAUUCUCUUGGAUUCCCCAUUGGUGUUCUUCACUGCGCUCACCGCAUUGUCUUUCACGUGCUUUACCAACCAACAGGAAUUGGGACCUUCUCAUUCCUUCCGUGGACCCUGGUGGUUUUGGCUCGCGGCAACUGGCCUCUCUCUGGGCGCUACCCUCAGUGUCAAAUGGGUUGGACUCUUCACCGUUGCUUGGGUUGGGUCGCUUACCGUUCUCCAACUGUGGGUUCUGCUUGGUGACCCGAAGAAUGUCACACCGCGCCUGUGGUUCAAGCACUUCUUUGCUCGUGUCUUCUGCCUGAUUGUUAUUCCCCUCAGCUUCUACUGCGCCAUGUUUGGAAUUCACUUCCUGUGCCUUGUUAACCCUGGCGAUGGAGAUGGAUUCAUGUCGUCCGAGUUCCAAGCAACCCUAAACUCUAAGGGAAUGCAGGACGUUCCCGCCGAUGUUGCAUUUGGAUCCCGCGUCAGCAUCCGUCACCUUAACACCCAAGGAGGCUAUCUUCAUUCCCACAACCACAUGUACCCCACGGGAAGCAAGCAGCAGCAGAUCACGCUCUACCCCCACAAGGAUGAGAACAACAUCUUCGUCCUCGAGAACCAGACUCAACCUCUUGGCCCCUAUGGAACAGUGGAGGGCCCCUUGGCCUGGGACAACAUUACCGCGGAGUAUAUCGAAGACGGCGCUGUGAUCAGGUUGGAUCACCUUAUCACUCGGAGACGUAUUCACUCGCAUGAUGAACGGCCUCCUGUCACAGAUGUGGAUUGGCAAUUCGAGGUGUCUGCAUAUGGCUACGAUGGAUUCCCCGGAGAUGCAAACGAUCUCUUCCGCGUUGAAAUUGUGAAGUCCCUCUCUGAGGGCGAGGAGGCGAAGAAGCGACUGCGCACCAUCCAGACCAAGUUCCGCCUGGUGCACGUUAUGACCAACUGUGUCCUGUUUUCCCACAAAGUCAAGCUUCCCGAGUGGGGUUUCGACCAGCAAGAAGUGACCUGCGCCAGAGGCGCUACUUUGCCCAACAGCAUCUGGUACAUUGAAUCGAACAGCCACCCUAUGCUAGCAGAGGAUGGUGAGAAGGUCAACUACAGGAACCCCGGUUUCUUCGGCAAGUUUUGGGAGCUGCAGAAGGUGAUGUGGAUUACCAAUGCAGGCCUGACUGAAUCGCACGCUUGGGAUUCUCGCCCGCCUUCCUGGCCGACCCUCCUUCGUGGCAUCAACUUCUGGGGCAAGGAUCACCGCCAAGUCUACCUCCUGGGCAACCCCUUCAUCUGGUGGUCUUCAACGGUGGCCAUUGUUAUCUACAUUAUCUUCAAGGGAAUCUCUGUUCUUCGUUGGCAACGGAGCUGCGGUGAUUACCAUAACGUGAACUUCAAGCGGUUCGACUACGAAAUCGGUACUAGCGUACUUGGCUGGGCUUUCCACUACUUCCCCUUCUACCUCAUGGCGCGCCAGCUUUUCCUGCACCAUUAUUUCCCCGCCCUCUACUUCGCUAUCAUUGCCCUCUGCCAGGAGUUUGACUUCCUUGCCAACCGCAUCAGGAGCCUUGGGCUACCAUCUCGCCCUGUUAUCGGCAAAGCAUUGGCCGGUGUCUUCCUUGCGAUUAGCAUCUUUACUUUCACACUGUACUCGCCUCUGGUCUACGGCAACCCCUGGACCCAGGAUGCUUGCAACAGUGUAAAGCUAAUGGACAGCUGGGACUUUGACUGCCACACAUUUUACACUAGCCUUGACCAAUAUGUGACCCAGAUCGUGGACACGCACCCGGCUAUCCCCACGACUCAAGCGUCAGUGCCACAAGCACCCCCCGUUGUGAUGGAACAACCACCACAACAACAGGUCCCGCAGCAAGUUCCGCAACAGAAACAGGAAGUCUUGCAGGAGGAGGCACAGGAACCGGCUGUCACGCCCCGGGCUCGGCACACUGCCAAGGCCCGUGUGGAGUACCGUGAUCAACACGGAAACGUGCUGGACGAGGAACUUGUUGCUCAGUUGAAGAAGGAGGGUAAGGUCCAGUUCGAGAGCCGUCAUGAGACGAAGACUCGUCUGGAGAACGGCCGUGUUGUCGACAUGAUUGACGGUCAAAUUGCCCCGCCUCACCCCGACGUUGAAGGCCAAAAUCCCGAAACUGUCGGAAGACAGCCCCCUCAGGCUGUAGAGGACGGCCCAGCUUCAGUUGCCGGGCAAGGAAGCUCCCAGGAGCAGCGCGGCUCGCCUGACCCCAAGCCGGCCAGCGAGGCCAACGAGGCGACCAAAUCUUGAAUAGACUUGAAGCUUUUGUGAGGGAUCGCUGUACUGGUUUCAAUCUUUGGCUGUUCUCAUCUACUUCUUCUGUACUUCUUUUCUAGCAAUAACUGGCUUCUCUUUCCUCCCUCUUGCUCAUUCAACUACUUUGGUCUAACGAAAUGUGACUCUUGUACAUGAUUACUUACGUGUUCCUGGAUUUAGCGGCCUACUUGAUUGUACAUGUCUUAUCACAGUUUGGGAACUUGGUGUAAGCGCAACGAAAACAAUCU